AUGGCGCUCCGCUCCGCACUCGCUGCGGCCCUGGCUCUUUCCCCUUUCAUCGGGGCCGUCGCUGCUCAUGGUAGCCACACUGCCGAGGAUAUCGCGGCUGAGAUCGCUCUCCGCGAUAUCGUCACCGUCCACGGCAAGCGCGCCCUGAAUGCCUGCUCCAGCUCCCCCGCCGCCCUGGCCCUCAAGCAACGCGCCCUCGAGCGCCGCGCCGCCACCGCCCAGAUGCUCCGUGAGAAGCGUGGCCUCACCGAUCAGAAGAUGCACCAGAAGCGCGCCCAGGCCGACCUCGUCAAGUGGGCCGCCAUUGAUCACGAGUCUUCCGCGGACUACACCCUGGACACCCCCCUCGAGGAGAUCUUUGGUUCCAACGCCACCUGCGCCCUCGUCCCGGAAACCACCAUCGGCCCGUACUACGUCGAGGGCGAGCUCAUCCGCACCGACACCACUGACGGUCAGCCGGGUGUCCCCGUCCAUCUGGACAUACAGUUCGUCGACGUGAACGACUGCUCCGCCGUCCCCGAGCAGAUCAUUGACGUCUGGGCCUGCAACGCCACCGGCAUCUACUCUGGCGUCUCGGCCCAGGGUCAGGGCGGUCUCAACACCACCCACGGCCGCGGUGUCCAGCAAUCCGACUCUGACGGCGUCGUCGAGUUCGACUACAUCUUCCCCGGCCACUACACCGGCCGCGCCACCCAUAUCCACAUCAUGUCCACCGACGGCGCCGAGAUCCUCCCCAACGGCACAUUCGAGGGCGGCACCGCCCGCAACAUCGGCCAGCUCUUCUUCGACCAGGACCUCAUCUCCGAGGUCGAGACCCUGGCUCCCUACACCAGUAACCGCCAGACCCUCACGACCAACCUCCAGGACGGCAUCGCCGCGGGCGAGGCCACCGCCGUCUACGACCCUUUCCUCAAGUACGUCCGCCUCGGCGAUGACCUCAACGACGGCCUCCUCAUGUGGAUCACCAUCGGUAUCGACACUACCGCGGACUAUAACGACCAUGUCAGCGCGGCUGCCCACUACCACGAGGGCGGCGGUGUCGACCAGAGUGGCGGCGGCGGCGGCCCCGGAGGACCGGGUGGCCCUCCUCCCAAUGGUACGUUCCCUGCCGGUGCUCCCCCGGGUCCCUAA